GCGAAGAUAUUCUCUACAAGCUACAUGGCUCAAAAUACUUUUCCAAAAUAGAUCUAAAAGAUGCUUAUUUGCAAAUUCCUCUUGACGAAGCUUCUAGUGCAUUAACAACCAUUAAUACUCCAUUUGGAUUGUUCAAGUAUAAGUUCUUGCCUUUUGGUUUAAAGGUUUCUCCUGCAAUAUUUCAAAAAGUAAUAAAUCAGAUGAUAGACGGAUUAGAUGGUGUUGAGUCUUACCAAGACGACAUUAUAGUUCAUGGUCCGAACAUCGAAUUGCAUAAUGAACGUCUUUUAAAACUGUUCAGGCGUUUCUGUGAGAAAAAUGUUCUUGUUAAUCCAUCUAAAUGUCAUUUUACUUUGUCGUCUGUAUCAUGCUUGGGAUAUACAGUAGACUCUGAGGGUUUCAGACCUGAUGCUAGGCGUUUGGCACCUCUAAUUCAAGCACCGUCACCUAAUAAUAUGACGUCGUUGAGAUCAUGGAUUGGCACUCUUCAAUUUUACUCCAGAUUCAUUCCCAAUUUCACUCAACUGUUAUCUCCACUUUUUAAUAUUGUCUCCAGUAAACAAUUUAAGUGGGAACAACAACAUGAAGAUAUCUUGCGAAAAACUUUGGAGUUUCUUAAUAAACAAGCUUUCUUAAGACCUUUUUCAUCGAAAGAUAAGUCCGUUCUCACUACAGAUGCUUCUCCUACGGGUAUAGCUGCAGUACUUGAGCAAAAUGGACAACCUGUUAUUUGUAUUUCAAGACGUCUAAGUAAGAGUGAACAAGGGUACUCACAAACCCAGAAAGAGGCUCUAGCAGUUGUAUGGGCAAUAAGACGCUUGCACAAGUAUCUCUUUGGUACUAAGUUUCACAUAGUUACUGAUCAUCAGGCUUUGAAAUUCAUUUACAACCCAGAAAAAUCUUUGAAUAGAUCAUCUGCUGCUAUGGUUCAAAGAUGGAGUUUAGAACUAAGUGCAUAUGAUUACACUAUUGAACACAGAUCGGCUAAGGAUAUACCUCAUGCAGACUUUUUAUCUCGUUAUUCAUUAUUUGAAAAUUCUGCUAAUGACACUGAUUGUUUGUUAGUCCAGCCGUUACCUGUGGAUAGAGUUCGACUUAUAAACGAUACUCGGAAAUAUUACGGGUGCAUUAUAAAUGCAACAAAAAGAGGUUGGAAUAUUCAGUGUAAGCGAAGAUUUCCGGACUUUUAUAAGCGAAGAGAUGAGAUUUCAGUCCAUCCUGAAGGAUUUCUAUGUCUGAAUGACAGAAUUAUUAUUCCUCCGACAUUAAGAUCUGCGAUUUUGGAUGAUCUUCAUUCUGCGCAUCUGGGAGCUGAUAAGAUGAAAUCAUUAGCACGUCUAACAUGUUGGUGGCCGGAAAUUGAUGCUGACAUUAACAAAAGAUCGAAGAGCUGUUCCAGCUGUUUGCAUAAAAUGUCCUAUGGGAAGUCGUCGUGGAAACCGUGGCCUACGUCUUGUGAGGUUUGGCAGCGUAUUCAUGCAGAUUACUGUGGUCCAUUCUUAAAUUCAUACUAUGCUUUAAUUAUUGUGGAUUCUUAUUCUAGAUGGCCAGAAGUUAUAAUUACAGAUAGUCCUAAUGCGAAAUUCACUCACAGAGCGUUGAGAAAGAUUUUUAGUCGAGAAGGAAUUCCAGAUGUCUUAGUUACUGAUAAUGGUACUCAUUUCACUGAGAAGAACUUCAAUGAUUGGCUUAAACACAUAGGUUGCCGUCAUCUGUACACAGCACCACGUCAUCCUCAGUCAAACGGUUUGGCAGAAAAUUUCGUACGAACAUUAAAGAGUGCCAUAGCAUCAAUGAGUCCUAAGAAUUUUGAUGAGCUAGAGAGAUGUGUAGAUAACUUCCUACUUCAAUAUCGCAAUGCGGAGCAUACAAGUACCCAUGAAAGUCCUGCUAAACUGUUCAAAUCUCGAAUUCUCAGAAAGCACCUAAUGUCUACGACUUCUGAUGUACAUUAUUACAGAGGGAAUGACUAUAGACCUUCUGUUGGAAUCAUACUACAAAAAAUGGGAAAUCGAAUGGUGAAAAUAUUAGACAUCGAAGAUCAUUCAAUUCAUAACAGACACCUGGAUCAAGUGAGAAUAAAUGAAAUAAUUCAGAAAUAAGUCCAGAUGAUACUGAUGAAAAUAAUAUCACAGAAUCAGUUAGAAGAUCCCAGAGACUUGCAAGCAAACCGAGACCUCAUUAUAAAUACGCAAGGAGACAUUCGACAUGUGGCGGAUGUGGUGAUUGACAAUUUCUAUCUUUGUAUUGUUUAAAUACUUACUGUUGUUUGUUAAUAUAUUUAUUAUUUUGAUUUGAAAUAUAAUUCCGCCAAAUACAAAUUCCUGAAUUCAUCCCUCUCUGUGUUUUGGUUGAGUUCCUGUAAUUCGGUCAUUGCGAAAUACAAAUACUACUAGUACAAAUAACUAUCACAUUUUGGCGUCGCAAUGGAAUUAAAUAAUCUUGGAAAGUUUCCUAUAAAUGGUUCACCGCGGGAAAUCUCCGAUUAUCUUGAAUGUUUCGACGCAUGGUGCAUGUCGAAGAAUGUUCGCGAUGACAAAAUUCCAGCUCAUUUUAUUACUGCUAUUGGGCUAGAUGCGUACAGCCUACUGAAAACUCUGUCAUUUCCAGAUAAACCAAUUUCUCUGUCUUAUGAUAAACUCCGUGAACUUUUAACAAAUCACUUCCACAUAACAACUUUCG